AUGCGCGUAGCAGCCGACCAAGUCGCGCAAGUUGAGAAGAACGCGAUCCUCUCCGAUCCGACACUCGAGGUGGAGGAAGUCUUCAUUCCUGGGCCAAGUGGAGAGAUUCGCUUGUCUGUCAUCAGACCAAAAGAUGCCGCUUCAGACAUCAAAAAGCGGCCGGCCAUCUACAACGUCCAUCCGGGAGCCUUGGUCAUGGGCAACGAGUACACGGCCAUUACUUCGGCGAUAUCCUGGAUGAAAGAGAUUGGUGGCAUCGUUGCCUCAGUCAACUAUCGUUUGGCUCCAGAGCACCCCGGCCUUGCCCCCUUUGAGGACUCCUGGGAAGGCCUUGUCUGGUUCGCGAAACAAGCAGACCGAUUCGGUUUCGACCCGGACAAGUUGAUUCUGUCAGGCUUCUCCGCAGGCGGUGGCAUUGCUGCCGCCAUCGCGAUCAAGGCCCGGGAUGAGGGUUUCCCCAAGCUGUGUGCUCAAAUCCUCGUCUGUCCCAUGCUGGAUGACCGGGCCACCACCGUCUCUCAUCGGCAGUACUUCCACCACGGAUCUUAUACCGGCGAGGCGGACGAGUUCAGCUACGAAAUGGUUCUGGGCGACCUGCGCGGGACAGAUGAUGUCCCUGUAUUCAUAGCGCCGGCCCGGGCAACGGAUCUCUCGGGUCUCCCUCCGACGUAUAUCGAAGUCGGGUCCGCUGAGCCCUUCCGAGACAGCGUUGUUGGGUAUGCGUCCAAGCUGUGGGAACAUGGCGUGCAGGCUGAGUUGAUGGUGUUUGCGGGUGGUUUGCAUGGGUUCGACUUUUAUGCCCCGGAAGCCAUGGUGUCGAAAGAUGCGGUUCAGGCGAGGCUGAAUUGGAUUCGCCGUUUGAUGGCGCAGUCCAAAUGA